AUGCAUCUUUUUCUUGGUUGGCGUCCAAUGCAAGAUCGUAUUGGUUCUAUAGGACAUGCGAUUGAACAUUGUUUAUGGGGUGAUGGUCGUGCUCUUCAUACAUUUUUAUUAGCAUCAACUGAUGAAUAUUCUUUAGUUUUAAUUGAAAUCGAUGUUGGUGAUAGUGAGAAAGGUAUUCAUAAAAGUAUGAAAUUAAAUAUUGUUGAAUUAGAUGAAAUACCUAAAGAACUUGCAAGAAUUGAACUUAUUGGUGAAACUAAAUCUCCAAAUGCAUUAGAAAAUCUUAUUCAAUCUGCACAUAAUUAUGUGCGUGAUCAUCCAAAUUAUCAUGUUCUAUUAAAUAAUUGUCGAACAUUUGUUGAAUAUCUUAUUGAUGAUAUACCUGAAUUUCAUUCUUCAAUACCACGUAAAAAUGGUUCUAUAUUAGAAUAUUAUCAUAGUCAAGCAAAACAUCAACAUCCAGGAGCAAUAGUUAAAAGUAAAAACCUUUUGAAACGCAUUCGAGAUCGUCAUCAACAAAAUAAAGUAUCUAAAUAUGCUGGUAAAUUAGUGUUGCACAUACCUCGACUUGAAUCGUACAUUAAUAGUAAUAAUAUACAAACUGUUGAAAAACAAUUGUAA